AUGGCGACGGAGGUUGAGAAGCAGGAGAUCGACACGCCCGUGGGGAAAGUGGAGGCCUUGGUCUCGAUGCCCGUGGGUGCCAAAGCCACGGCCACGGUGCUGCUGAUCCACGGCAUGUCCCCCAAGCCGGAGAUCGUCUUCGAGUGGCAGUUCCUGAUGGAGGACUUCCGGCGGAGGAAGGUGGCCUCUGUGCUGCCCAACCUCCACACCUGCGAACGCACGGCGCCCUCCUCAGGGCAGCCUGGGGAUGUGGCGGUGGCGCUGCAGGCCAUCGUGGACAGAAUGCUGGAAGUGGCAGGGCCAGCACCAGUCUUUAUCUACGGCAAGAGCUGGGGCGGAGCUCGGGCUUUGGAGCUCAUCCAGCACAUGCAAUCCAGGCUGCCAGCGGCCGGCGCUUGCUUGGCUUGCCCCGCGCCCACAGGCGUCGGCCUUGGCGGGCUUACACUGCCGGUGCUGCUUCUAUGGGCCAAGGAUGACGAUGUUAUCCCCUUCGAGAAGCAUGAGGCCCUGUUGCAGGAGCUGAAGCAGAGAAAGGGCUGUUUGACCAUCUUCAUGGAUGUGGAGGCCGGCGGCCACAACAUCGCCAAGAUGGCUGCCCUGGACGAUCGAGUGAGCACCAAGCUGGCCGAGUGGCCUGACCUGUGCCGGGCCAAGACGCGGGAGGUCCGGGACACCCGGGACACCCGGGACACCCGGGACACCCGGGACACCCGGGACACCCGGGACACCCGGGACACCCGCGCGGCUCCGCGCAUGGAGGGCAGGAGUGCGUUGCGGCUGGUGGAGGCCUCCGCAGCGGAACGGGAGCCCCGGGAGCCCCGGGAGAUGCGGGAGGCGCGGGAGGUUUCAGCGGUGGACCGCAUUCCGCGCGACCGGCGCGAGGACUUUCGGAGCAGGAAGGAGGAGCUUCCGCCGCUGCGCCGGGAGCGGGCGCGGGUGCCGGAGGCCAAGCAGGACCUCGGGGCCCCGACGCGCAGUGCGCCAUCACGGUUGAUAGACAGCAAGGAGCCUGUUCGCCGGGUGCGCGCCAGCGAUCCCAUCGAGCCGCGGGCAGGCUCGCGUCAGGAGCUUGAGCGCCGAGAGCGGCCUCGGCGCAUCGAGCGCCCGGAGCGCGUGGAGCGCCCUGAGCGCGUGGAGCGCCUGGAGCGCCCUGAGCGCGCGGAGCGGCCACCGCUGGAGCGGCCGCCGUUGCCGCGGGCCAAAGGUUUGCAGCGGGCGCCUCGUGAGGUUCGGGAGGUGCGGGACGUUCGAGAACUCAGCAACGGCCGACGGCCUAUGGGAAGCCGGCCCAGGAGUAGGCCGCCGCCGUCGCGCUCGAGAUCUCUGCGCCGGCCGAGGGACCGGGCGCCCAUUGCGCGCGAGGCGCGAGGAGGAAGCCCCCGGAACGAGAUCGCGCGGGAGGCCAGGAGUGAGGUGAGCGAGAAAUGGCCAGCCCCUGGCGGAGAAAUGAAGGUGCUGCUGCCGAACCGCCUGGCAGAGGAGCUGCACCGGGACGGCGUGUUGGUGGACAUCGCCAAGAAGUCCCAGGCCGUGGUGGAUCUCAAUGAUGCGGUGGACGAGCUGCACCAAUUCUGCGAGGGCCACCGCUUGCUGACGCUCAAGGGCCAGCGCGGCAGCGAGCUCCAAGCAGCUGUGCAAGAGCUGCUCUUCAAGGGCGAGAAGAUGAGGGGCCGCAACGGCAACAGCAUGAAGGUUCUCCUUCCGAGGUUCUUGGCCUCAGUGGUGAUCGGCAAGCGCGGCGCCAACAUCAAGGAGCUCCAACGGGACACCAGCACUCACGUCCAGGUGGAGGCCGGGUCUAUGGGCAUGGACCGCGUCACCACUGUGAGCGGCUCCUCUUUGGCAAUCGCCAACGCCCUCGGGAGAAUUCAUGGCCUGGGGAACGAGGACGCUGAGGCUCCGGAGGAGAGGACGCCAAAGGACCGGGACCGGAACCCUUCGCAGCCAGCGCCGCCCCCGGCGCCCUGGGAGUUGAAGGAGCACCCGGAGGCGCCAGGCGAGUACUACUACCUCAACACGGACACGGGUGAGACCACCUGGGACAGACCGGAACCGCAAGGGCAGGAAGCCAGCCGGUCGGGCCGGUCGAAGCCAGCACCGCCUUGGAGCCUCGUGGAGCAUCCCCAGGCCCCCGGGGAGUUCUACUACCUCAACGAGGAUACUGGCGAGACGUGCUGGGAGUUGCCAGAUUAGUUUCACCUGGCGUCUAAAUCGAGCGG